AUGGCCACCUCCUUUGAUUUUGUGUACAGCCAGAUCAAGAACCUGAAGAAAAAGCUGAACGAAGCCGGCUUAAAAGAUUAUAUUAAGGUCGUGGAUGAAACUACUUACCAAAACAAAUAUCUACACCUCCAUUGCCACGGCCCUGCUCUUCGCCCUGGGCGUAUUCGUCGUGUACCAGGUCAUCAAGCUCAAGCUCGACCGCGAUGUGGAUGA